UCUGCGGUGUCCCCGGUCCUGCGAUCAACCUGCCCGCGCUGCCGCUGCCGCUGCCGCUGCUCGACGCGGGAGUCGCCGGCAAGGAGGUUGUGUUUGGAGCCCUGCGGAGAGCCCCGAGCACUUGGCCUCGCCUCAGGAGCCCCAGCUGCCCUGCCACCUGCUGUCACUGCACGUGUGGAGCCAUGAGCCCUGUCCUGGGCGGUGCUGUCCCCCUGGGGCUGGUGUUGUUGGUCUGCGGAGCUCAGGGUUACUUGCUGCCCAAUGUCACCGGCCUGGAGGAGCUGCUCAGCAGAUACCGCGCCGAGCCCCACUCCCGGGUGCGGAGGGCCAUCCCCCAGGAGGACAGGGAAGAGAUUCUAAUGCUGCACAACAAGCUGCGGGGCCAGGUGCACCCCCCAGCCUCCAACAUGGAGUACAUGACCUGGGAUGAAGAGCUGGAGAAGUCUGCGGCGGCAUGGGCCCAGGAGUGCAUCUGGGAGCAUGGGCCCACCAGGCUGCUGGUGUCCAUCGGGCAGAACCUGGCCGUCCACUGGGGAAGGUACCGCUCCCCCGGGUUCCAUGUGCAGUCCUGGUACGAUGAGGUGAAGGAUUACACCUAUCCCUAUCCCCACGAGUGCAACCCCUGGUGUCCGGAGAGGUGCUCAGGCGCCAUGUGCACACACUACACACAGAUAGUCUGGGCCACCACCAACAAAGUUGGCUGUGCUGUGAACACCUGCCGGAGAAUGAACGUCUGGGGAGACGUUUGGGAGAACGCGGUCUACCUCGUCUGCAAUUACUCUCCAAAGGGGAACUGGAUCGGAGAAGCCCCCUACAAAACUGGCCGGCCCUGCUCCCAGUGCCCACCCAGCUACGGAGGCGGCUGCAAGAACAACUUGUGUUACCGAGAAGAGACCUAUCACCAUAAACCUGAAACGGAUGAGAUGAACGAGGUGGAAACGGCUCCCAUUCCUGAAGAAAAACAAGUCUGGGUCCAACCGAGGGUGGUCAGGCCCACCAAGCCCAAGAAAACCUCGGCGGUCAGCUACAUGACCCAAGUCAUCAGAUGUGACACCAAGAUGAAGGACAAGUGCAAAGGCUCCACCUGCAACCGGUAUCAGUGCCCAGCAGGCUGUCUGAACAACAAGGCAAAGAUUUUUGGGACUCUGUUUUACGAAAGUGCCUCCAGCAUAUGCCGGGCUGCCAUCCACUACGGGAUCCUCGAUGACCAAGGGGGCCUGGUGGACAUCACCAGAAACGGGAAGGCCCCCUUCUUUGUGAAAUCUAACAGAAACGGCAUUGAGUCUUCCAGCAAAUAUAAGCCUUCCGGCUCAUUCACGGUAUCAACAGUAAAAGUGCAGGAGUUGGACUGCUACACCACUGUUGCUCAGCUCUGCCCGUUUAAAAAGCCAGCAACUCACUGCCCAAGAGUUCACUGUCCAGCCUACUGUAAAGAUGAGCCUUCCUACUGGGCUCCUGUGUUCGGAACCAACAUCUACGCAGACACCUCAAGCAUCUGUAAGACGGCUGUGCACGCCGGCGUCCUCAGUGACGAGAGCGGGGGCUACGUGGACGUGAUGCCUGUUGAUAAGAAGAAGACCUACGUGGGCUCACUAAGGAACGGGGUCCAGUCUGAAAGCUUGGGGAGUCCUCGGGAUGGAAAGGCCUUCCGGAUCUUUGCUGUCAGGCAGUGAAUUCGCAGCACCAGGGGAGAAAGGGUGUCUUCAAGAGGGCUUCUGGGUUUUGCUUUUUAUUUUGUCACUGGGGGGAAGGGAUACAUGGCAAGUCAGGAAACUUCCUUUGAGUGACAUUCGGCAUCCAUCCCUUUGUGGCCUUUGGGUGAGAGUGAUGUCUCAUCCCCCCACCAUGGACAAACAGCAUCUUCAGGACCUUGGCUGGACAGCUGAUGUCCAGUCCUUCUGAGGCCUGGGUCUCAGUCUGGGUGCCCACUCUCCUUUAGGGAUCUGACCAAUCUCUUGAAGGGGACAGUCGCCCAAGAUGACUAUUGCCAUGUGCUCCUUUGUAGGUGGUGGGAGAGGGUUCCAAUGCCCUCCCCAGGUGUUAAGGUGCAUGGGAAGAGGUAUGUUGAAAAGUUCAGGGGGAGUUUCAGGAUCAGAGUAUAGGGGAGUUAUUUAAAAAUUUUAAAAAACACAGUCCGUCCCUACCAAUGGAGAAAAAUGGGGUUAAUGUUUGCUGGUCAGACAAAUGGGCUGGGCGAGGGUGUAGAAGACUCCAGCUCUGCCCUGACACAUGUCCUUGCUGGGUGUCCUGCUGUGGGUCCCAUUUUGGUGGCCACGUGCAGGCUGGUCAUAUAUACAGCAGUGCUGGUUUAUUUAGAGUUCAGUGGUAACUCCAGAGAUUUAUCUUGUCUUUGUCAUUCCCUUUGUCUGAGUGGCCCGUCUAUUUUCUGCAGUGACCUUUGGUCCCAUUGAGGACCAAUGAAUCAGGAUCCUUCCUUUACCCCCUACCCAUUGUGGCUCCCACCCUCCAGAAUGAUUUGUGUGUCUUAGUUCACACCCAGGACUUUGCUUUGCAAGUGGUCCUAUUUGAAGCCCACUUUUUCUUAACUCCUGAUCUCUUAAGGCUCCAUCAAGGUGUCAGAGAACAGCCAAAGAAGGGCAGCUUUGCUGCUGCUUUAAAAAAAUGACAAUUAAAUGUGCAAAUUCCCCAAUUGUCGGCUGACCUAUUUUUUAGUAGUGGAAGGAAUGGAUUCCUUGGUACAUUCCUUACCGAGGUUAGCAGCUCAGUUUGUGGUUAUGAAACCGUCCUGCAGCUUACUAACAGUGAGAGAUGGUAAUACACGGGGAGGAUUUCUUUUCCUGUUUUUGUGGAACAACUCUUGCCAGACGUUCCUCCAGCUCUGGGGAGUGCAGUGCGUUCUGGCUGCCAUCACUUUAUAAAAGUCCUUCAUAAGCCCAGAUGCAGAGAGCCCACAGUGAAAUGAAAUACCCUUUUGUAAAUAGCGUUUCUUUGCCGAAGGUGAAAAUACCACCCUCCAGCACCACACUAGCCAAUAUAUCACUUUUGAGAAUGCUGGUUUCAAGUUUGAAUUCAUUCUCCAUCAAAAUAUUUCUUAGGCAAAAGAAGCAGCAGAAAGAAAAAAUUAUGAUUCUGUUGGCUGGAAAAGGAACCCUACCUGGAUACCUAAGAGGUGCCUUCUUUCUCGGUUUGCCUCCUUAAUUAAUGCAGAAUCUGAAGCCAAAUAGCUUUAAAAAAAUAAAUAAAAGAAAAAACCCUUUAGGGAGUAAGAAGCAGCUAAACUCUUAGCUUGGCUGAGCUAAAAUUAGCAGGAAGAUCUCUUUGCUGCGCACUGCUGGUCGGAACUCACUGAUACUGACUAUUCCACCUCAAGUGUCAGAGGGGGAGGAUUCAGCCUAUCAGAUCGUGUGUCUAGUUGCCACCAAACAUCUGGGAAACUUCCCGGUGCUAGGCGUUGUGACGUAGGAUUUUGUGACCGUGGAUGUCAAGACUGCAAGGUACAUCACAUCUCCUCAGGGGGUUUAGACUUCCAGUGGACUUGCUUCUGAAGCAUCUCACCAAAGAGAAAACCAAAGCUUUCAGCGUGAGUCAAUCCCGUCAUUUAAAAAUAAAGUUCCCAGAUUCCCUGAUGCCUCCUUGACUGGGCCCUCCCAACAGGAUAGAAAGGCCCAGAGCAGGGUCUGCCUGUCUGUUUCGCCCAGUAAACAUUCUGAAACUGGAACCAUUUUUCUUUAGAAAAUGAACAUAAGACCACACAUUUUAAGGAAUACAAACAAGGGAUACCAAACACCCCUUGUAAUCAGGGACCACCUCUAAUGUCACAUGCUGAAGGGGCCCGCACGGUGGGCGCCUCACCAGGUUUGAAGAGAUGAUCCCUCAAGCCUCACUGGACCUCCUGCCCCCCAAAUGCAAAGUUUUGGCUUCCUUGGGAGCUUUGCCUCGCGUGUUCCCAAGUGUGUGCUGACUUUUCAUGUUGUCUGUAGGCUCACCCAGCCCGCAGUUUAUGUGUGUGCUUUUUUCUAUGAAAAAUGAUGUAUUUGCUCCUUCCUGUGUACAGACAUUUACCGUAAAUGUUUUGUGUGCUUUGUGUGAAUAGGGGCCACGUUGCUGCAAUCAUUUCAAUAAAACUGGUUUGAUUUCUAAAAUGUGUCGGUGACGUCUUUUAUGGACAAUUCUGAACGAUGUGUGAAAUAAAACACU